CGGAUGGUGAGAUAUUAACCAACUUCUCGCGUUUACCAUCGAUCGUAGUCGAUUACAAGAGGGAUUUGCUGUGGACAAAUUUGCGAGGCCGACUUUUGAUGUUCUGUUUAUGAGGCGGCACGCGUUUUAUUGUGAAUAACGGACCUAACGGACUCAACGGAAUUACUGAACUUAUGUGGUAAAAUACGCACAACCACCAAGUGUGCGUCUCGAAUCUUACUACGGGUUCCCCACACCGGUGUCAUCGUCGUCGUUUAACAUAACCUCAAAGUGACCAGAUAGUCAAGAAAAUUUUAGCCGGGGAAAGCAUGAAUCCUUUGGGAGGUGAUGGAAGUGGAGACGGGGACGUGGAACGACGUGGAAUCGGACGUGGUCGUGGUAGGGGUCCGUGGACUUCCAGCCCACAGGAUAUUCCCAUAUUAAGGAGACCGCAUCAUGCUACAUCUGGAAUGCAAACAGGGUCAGUAGAAUCAAGAAGCAUGGAACAGGGCAAAUUGGAUAAGUCUUUCGAUGAUAUUAUCCAGAAUUCUACAUUGUCCGUUCAUGCAGCUGAGUUUGUUCCAAAGUCAUAUCCUGUUAAGCAGCGUCAUCAACAACAGGUAUAUAUACAUAAACACUCAGUUCAGGAUAGGUUACAAGUGGCACGUGAAAUACCUCUGCAAUCACAAAUUCAGCAAAAUCCUGCGUAUAAUUAUGAUACUUCUCAACAUUAUCAACAGGCACAACAAGUUCAACAGUUUGAUAACCUUUCACAACAGCAACAGCAAGAGCAGCAAUCAAAUAUGCAGGACUAUGGUCAUUUUGACGAUGGUUCAGGAGACUACAGAGACAAACAUCAGGACUCAAAUAUAGAAGAUGAUAAUUAUUUAAUUGAAUUUGCAAACAUAACACAGAAUUUAAUGAGUGUUAUACAUUCAUUGAUAUUAAAUCCAGGGCAUUUCACUUUGAUCGUGCCGCCACUCAUAAAUAAUCUUAGGCCUUACUUAGGAAUUCCUAGUCAAUUUCAAGAAAUUAUGAAGAUAAUAAUUCAACAGUCUAUAAAUGAGGGUAAUUUCCGGUACAGUGGUGCUCGACUUUGCGCCUCUUUGGACAAUAGUGUGACUCCCAUAGAACAGACGUCUUUCAGAUGGACUUUGUAUACUUUGUGUAAAAGUGAAACAGACUGUCAAGCUUCCAACUGGCAGCAAAAGGAGAAUCAUACAGAGGAAGAACAGAAGAAGUGUCACGGGUUGAUAUUACUUCUAGCUGAAUUGGUUACUCAAAUGGAUCAUGCUUCUGCGUUUACUUUAGGAAACUUAUUAAUUCAGUUUAUUAUUAUUAUAUUAAAAAAGCCUGCGCCGAAUUCUGUCAAGAACAUCUGUCAAGCCCUUAAGUUGGCAGGACAAACUUUAGAGAAGGAUAAAGUUGAAUGUCGACGCAAAGAGAUGGAGAAUAUGAUGCGAGCUCUAACGGAAAUUGUAACGGAGGGUAGAGUGGAUUCACACAUAGGACAUAUGGUACAUAGUGUCCACGAAUUGAGAAACGGAAACUGGGGUCAGAGUUUCGAUAAUUCCACGACAGUGGAAUCAAUAGAGCCAUUAGAUCCCAACCAGGCCAUCGAUGAACCAGUUUUAUAUGGUCCUGACGGCAAGCUAUUAACCCCGGAGGAAAAUGAAUUCUUAGAAGAAGUUUCCGAUAGCACAAUGAACAUCGAAGAUCACAUCAUAUCGGAACAGGGAUAUGAAGGUGAAGAAUCAUGGAUGUCGGAGGACGACGACAUAGAUGCAGCAUACGAAGAGUUUUUAAAGAAUAUUCCGAAGCAGAUUAAAAACCAGACAAAAAAAUAAUUGGGGACACACGACGAUGGUUACCUACUAUAAGUCAUUAUUGUGUAAUUUCGUCUCAUAGUUGGAAACUAUGAGGGUGGUUUCCUAAAUUUCGUUCGAAAAUUUUUAUAAUGUAAAACGAAGCGCAGACUAAAUCGAAUGGUAUGCUGGAACCUUUUUUUGCAUUUGUACAAUAGAUCAUCGGAUAGAUUAGUCUCGAGUUUUUAUUUAUGAAUAUACUCCAGGAAACUAUAUCGUUUCAAUUACAAUUUUUCGCGCAGACAUCUAUAAUAAAUUGUUUUCCUUUUUUUAAACUCAUGUAUCACAUUUAUAACCGUGCAUACAGUUUCUUAAAUUUAGCAAUGAAUAUCGCAAAAGUUUGUUCCUAGGACGAAAGACGGUAUAAUCUAUUUGUCUAUGAUAUACAAGUUUAUUAUUAAGUUAUUUAAAUUAUUGUAAUAAAUCAGCCAAACAAAUAAGGUAAAAUAUUAA